AUGGACUCGUCUCACUCUCAAUGGAUCCAACCCUUGGUUACUGUCUCUGUCGGUUCCUUCAUCGCAUUCAGAGCUCACAGAAAAAUUCCCUCAACACUUCUGGUGCUUUCGCCGAUUUCUUCGUUAUGUGGACAAAGAAACUGGAUACAAGUUCUAUCUAAUAAUGGUAUUGCCUCUGUUCUGGUUGUAGCUUUAUGGGUUUUAACAGAAGGGAAUGAUUAUUGCUUGAAUUCUAAAGACUCGCCUCUGAUUACUGCUAUUAUUGGUGUCGUUAUUGGCCAUUACUGCUGCUAUAAUGGAGACACCUGGUCUUCAGAGAUUGGAGUUCUCAGUGAUGACCGUCCUCGUCUUAUCAUAAUCUUUAAGCAUGUGAGGAAGGAAUUUUUGACAAUUAGGUGUGGGUCUGAUAGAGUUCUCAAGCAACUACUGGUCAUACCCAUCGCUACCACGACAGGACUAGGUGGGAGUAUCAUAGACUCUCUAUUUGGUGCAACGUUACAGUUUAGUGGAUUCUGCUCAAUUCACCAGAAGGUUGUUGGGAAGCCAGGACCAACUGUUAAAAAGAUUUCAGGUCUUAGCAUUCUUGACAACAAUGCAGUGAACUUUGUGUCUAUACUGUUGACCACGAUUUUAACUUCAAUAGCUUGUUUGUACAUAUUUUAG